CCUCCCUCUGCUGCUACUAAAUCCUCCCCCACCCAAACCCUUCCUAUCAGAGGAGCAUCUGCAGUCGGUCUGCAGCAUGGCGUCUCUCAGCCUCCUGAUGCUUAGUGCUGUUCUUAUCUCUGCUGCUCAGGCAAUUCCUGCAGGUCACGGUGAAAGGCGUGGCCUAGAUGUAUCAGUGGGCAGAGCCACACACCGUCACAGAAAUGUCCCUGACCUGCUGCAGUAUGAGGACAAGAUGAGGUCAUAUCCUCAGUCAGAGGCCAGGGCCAACGACCUGUUCUACCAUUCACAGGCCUGGAGGGACAGGGGGCUAGGCCAGGCCCUCCAGCGACUGGUGGAGACAGAUCAAAGGAGGGAGCAGGAGGAGGACCAGAAAGCAGUUUAUUUGGGUGCUUUGCUCCAGCUCCUGAGUGAUGCUAAGGGGGCUGGAUUGGGGGUUGAAGAGGAUAACCAGGAACAAGUUGUCCAAGACUAUGAUGAAAGUGGUAGGGGGGUGAGCAUUGGGAGGUCCCCUGCUGACUGGCAGAGCCUCAUGGAGCUGCAGUUAGCGGAAGCUUUGCUGGACAGGAUGGACUUUAAGCUGUUUCAGACUCUGCUGCAGAGAGCUGGACAAACGCAGGGCGUCUCAUAUAGACCAAGCAGCAAGCAGGACACUCUCAGGAGGUUGGUUGCAAGAAUAAUUUCCACCAUUGGCCCCCAAACCUCCCCAGUUCUGGCUCUGUCCGGCCACAGACGGAGAAGGAGGGACCUGUCGCUGCAAACAGCUGAACCUAUCAGCCCCAACCUCAGAACCACCCGCCGUGCCCUUGAAGACAUGGCUUCUCCGUUGUCCAGCAUUGACUCCCCCCUCCUUAGGGUUAAAAGGCUUGAGGAGGGGGAUGAAGAAGAUAAAAAGCUCCCCCCUUAUGGGGCCACACUUCAGAGGAUUAAACGCAUUGACACCUUGGCUGCAUCUGAAGAAACAAACCAUGUAAGUCGACGCCACCGAAGAGCUGCUGUGAACUACAACUCAAAACUACAGAUGGAUCAGAUUCUUGAGUACAUGAGGGGUUAAGGGGAAGAAGGGGGGGGGGGGGUCCUGCUGUUGUCUUUUUCUCUGCUUUAAUGAAAAUUCUGUCUGUGUAUGGUACAAAAUUACCCAUGAUCUUCUGCAAGUGUCAUGUUAGCUCUGUAAAAAACAGCUUCUGAGAUCUAACUUGGUCGUACUCACUGUGGCCACCAUAGUAACCUACCCCUCCCAUGCCAUUAAAAAGUUUGUAACCAUGGCAACAGCCUCCCAGCUCUGUUAUUGGUUGUUUUCCCUGCUGCGAGGAGUCAUCUGCUGCAACUGACUUCUGUCACAGAGACUAAUAAAGUUAGUGACAUCCA